GUCUUGUGUGGCCAGCCGAGACCCAGAGAGGUAGUGGCGAACUGGCGAUGCCGAGGCGACUAGCGAGAGGAAGAGGUUUUCCGGCUCCUCUUGUUCAACCGAGGGAGGAUAAGAGGAGAGUGAGUGAGAGAGAGAGAGAGCUUCGACUGAGGUGAUGGAGCUUCUACGGAUACCACCAUCCCUACCGAUUCUUGGAGGAACAGUGUUUCCUUUGCUCAGACAGUACCGGGUCUAUGGAACACAUCAUUCCCUAACCUGGAGCAGCUUACAAACCACCGGGAGAAAGCAGAACCUGAAUGGGGGUCGGUCUGCGCAGUGUGCGACGAGUCACGGUGGAGCUUCUGUCUCACAUGCAAAUGGUGCUCCAAAGGAUUCGCCUUUGCCGGAUAGUUUGCUUCGUGAUGCUCGCAUCCUCUAUUGUGCAUCUCCUGCCAUGGGUCAUAACAAGGAAGCACAUCCAGAAUCAAACAAAAGAGUGCCAGCAAUAGUUGAUGCUCUCGAAAAAUUGGAGCUUACACCAAAGCAUCGGGGUUCACAGGUUCUUGAAAUCCAAAAUUUCUACCCUGCUUCACUUGAUGAUGUUGCACGAGUUCAUUCAAGAACAUACAUCACUGGACUUGAAAAGGCUAUCAGUAAGGUUUUGGAUGAAGGUUUGAUAUUCAUCGAAGGAACUGGACCAACAUAUGCUACACAGACUACUUUCGCAGAAUCACUUCUUUCAGCUGGUGCUGGAAUUACAUUGGUUGAUUCAGUGGUUGCAGCAUCAAAGCUGGGCCUAAGUCCACCUCUUGGAUUUGCGCUAAUAAGGCCACCCGGACACCAUGCUGUUCCUGAAGGUCCCAUGGGCUUUUGCGUCUUUGGGAACAUUGCAGUUGCAGCUCGGUACGCUCAGUGUCAACAUGGAUUGAAGCGAGUAAUGAUAAUAGAUUUUGAUGUUCACCAUGGCAAUGGCACAUGUGAUGCCUUUUAUGACGAUCCAGACAUCUUCUUCCUCUCAACCCACCAGCUAGGAAGCUAUCCCGGUACUGGUAAGAUGAAUCUAAUUGGUCAGGGCAGUGGCGAAGGAACAACGCUGAACCUGCCAUUGCCCGGUGGCUCAGGUGACUACUCAAUGAGGUGCGCCUUUGAUGAGGUCAUUGCUCCAUCUGCGCAGCGGUUCAAGCCCGAUAUCAUCCUCGUUUCAGCUGGCUACGACGCACACGCGCUGGACCCUCUAGCGGGUCUGCAGUUCACGACGGGCACGUUCUACAUGCUGGCGUCGAGCAUCAAGCAGCUGGCCAGGGAGCUGUGCAGCGGCCGCUGCGUCUUCUUCCUGGAAGGUGGUUACAACCUGCAGUCGCUCUCCAGCUCUGUGGCUGACACCUUCCGCGCGUUUCUCGACGAGCCCAGCCUCGCUGCUCAGUUCGACGACCCGGCAAUGUUGUACGAGGAGCCGACGCGGAGGAUCAAGGAGGCGAUCGAGAAGGUCAGGCAUCUUCACUCGCUCUAGGUUACGCGCCAGGAGAUGAGGUGUAGACUCUACUGCUUGCAGCGCACGCACCAUGAAAUCAGAUCACGUGUUGCAUUUGCAGGUUCAGAGAGUGGGUGUGUGUGUUUGAAACAUCUGCUUGCUGGUCAUACACACUUGGUUAACUGCUGUCAAAAGCAUUGAUUUAUUAGGGAUCCUACACACAUAAUACAGCUGUGUGUGCAACUGGGCCAUACAUAGAAUUGUGUGUGCGUGCGUGUGUGUGUAUUUAUUGUGGAUCAUGCGUGUAUAUAAUACUGCAUUUUGCCCUUCCAAACAAAAAUUACGUUAUCUA